AUGUAUAUUCUAUCCGGCCUCAUCGGCCUCCUCGGCCUCUCUCUUCUGCUGAAAGUCCUCCUCUCCCCACGGAAACCCUCUGCCCCUUUGCCCCCAGGUCCCUUGCCACUGCCACUGGUGGGCAACCUUCGCGACCUCCCCGCGCCUGACAGCCCCGAUUGGCUGCAUUGGCUCAAACAUAAGGAUGUCUACGGGCCCAUCAGCACGGUCACCGUGCUCGGACAGAGACUGAUCAUCCUCAACGAUGCCAAACUGGCCCUCGAGUUACUGGAAAAGCGAUCCGCCGUCCACUCCGAUCGUCCCAAGAUGCCGUUUGCCGAACUUGCCGGCUGGGGCGAUGGCCUGGUGAUUCUCCCGUACGCCAGCAAAUUCAAAGCCUACCGCAAGCACCUGCACCGCGAGAUCGGGUCCAAAGCAAGUAUUGCUCGAUUCCACGCGUUGCAGGAGGUGGAAACGCGUCGCUUUCUCUUCCGCCUGAUUAACACGCCCGAGGAGCUGGUCGGUCAUAUCCGCAAGCUUGCGGGAGCGGUGAUCCUGAAGAUCGCCUACGGGUACGCCGUCGACCCCUUCCAGCGGGAUCCGCUGGUAGACUUGGCCGAUGAGGCGGUCGAGCAGUUCUCGCUGGCGGUGCGCCCGGGGACGUGGAUGGUGGAUGUGCUGCCCUUCCUCCGUUAUCUUCCCGCCUGGUUCCCCGGCGCCGGCUUCCAGCGCACCGCGCAGCGCUUCCGGAAGCAAAGCGAGGCUGUGGCCGACAUUCCCUUUGCAUUCGUGCACCACCAGAUGUCGCAGCCAGGCUACGAGUCGUCCUAUCUAUCGAGCCUGCUCGAAAACAAAGUCCUCCCACCCGGAACCCCUGAAGAGACCGUCAUCAAAUGGUCCGCCGCCACGCUCUACUCGGCCGGUGCCGAUACCACCGUCUCCACAACGACCACCUUCUUCCUCGCCAUGGCCUUGUACCCCGAUGUCCAACGCAAAGCCCAGGAGGAGAUCGACCGGGUGAUCGGUCCGGGUCGACUGCCCGUGGACGCCGACCGGGCCAACCUGCCCUACAUCGAGGCCAUUGUCAAAGAAGCCCUGCGCUGGCACCCCGUCGGACCCAUGGGUAUCCCCCACCGCUCCAUGGAGGACGAUCUCUGCGAAGGCUACCUCAUCCCGAAGGGGUCGAUUCUCCUGCCCAACAUCUGGGCCUUCUGCCACGACCCCACCGAAUACAAAGACCCCAUGAGCUUCAACCCCGACCGAUUCCUUGGCCCCGCCCCGGAGCGCGACCCGCAUUCCCUCGCUUUCGGAUUCGGACGGCGCGUGUGUCCGGGCCGCACCCUCGCGGACGCCAACAUCUUCCUGACGGUGGCACAGACGCUGGCGUCGUGUCGGAUCGAGAAGGCCAUCCGCAACGGACAGGAGGUCGAGGUGCGUGCCGAGUUCUUGCCGGGGACGAUUAGCCAUCCGGCGCCGUUUGAGGUGCAUGUCACCCCGCGCACGGCGGCGUGGGAGCGGUUGAUCCGGGCGGUGGAGACCGAGUCUCCGUGGGAGACGAGCCAUGCGGAGUGGUUGCGGCGGGCGGUGUUCAAGUCGGUCGAUUCGUAGAGGAACGCGAGCGCCAGUGUGACAUGAUAUGAGACUCCAGUAAUGGAAAGGAUGAGAAAAUGAACUGCUCCAUCCUUGGGCAAGUUUGCCGGUUGAGUCUCUCACU